CAAAUUAGGAGAAAUCGAUCGCAAAUCCCAAUCAUCGAUCGCAACUCUCUCACUCUAUCGCAAAUUCAUCCCAGAUUCGAGUAUCGAGUUUCUACCGACAGGAUUGACAGAAGGAGCUAAAGAUCUUCCGGAGACGGCGCGACGCAACUGACUCGGUCGACUGUACGACUCACAGGCACAUUCUACACUUGUACCAUUGGAGUCGCCCGAUUUCUACAAGAAUCACUUCUACUUUGGCCUGGAUUGACAGUCAAUUCGCCGUCAUUCAAUAUACACACGAUCUCAGACAUCAAAGCACAUAUAGAUGGAAUUGCAGGUAGAUCACCCUUACAUUCCCAAAGAUCUAAAGUUGCCUGGUUUUGUGCCCUGUUUCUUGUCACAAUUGGACAUCCUUAGUGUGUAUGGAGUUGCUUCUCUACUGGUUGUUGCGUUCAUGUGGAACUUCUCUGGGCGGUUCCCAAAGCUAUCAAAAGGAGACAGGUUGCUCAUGUGCUGGUGGACUUUCACUGGCCUUACACACAUGAUCCUUGAGGGUUACUUUGUCUUCUCUCCUAACUUCUACAAGCAAAAGACUCCAUUUUUCUUUGCAGAAGUUUGGAAAGAGUACAGCAAGGGUGACUCUAGGUAUGCUGCGCGUGAUUCUACUGUUAUUACUGUUGAAGGAAUCACAGCAGUUCUAGAGGGACCAGCAUGUCUUCUUGCCGUGUAUGCUAUAGCUACAAAGAAGUCUUACAGAUAUAUACUCCAGGUGGCCAUUUCUUUGGGCCAGCUGUAUGGUACUGCUGUCUAUUUCUUGACAUCCAUCUUGGAGGGUGACAAUUUUUCUGCAAGCCCCUACUACUACUUCUGGUACUAUGUUUUUGCGAAUUCCUUCUGGUGCUGGAUACCCACAAUCAUAGUCGUACGUUGCUGGAAGAGAAUUGUUUCUGCAGUCCAGCUGCAAGACGAGACAAAGGCCAAGACUCACUGAGUAUGUGUUGUGCUUAAAAGACCAUCUUGCCCCCCACUGCCUUGUAUUUGCUCUUGUAGCUAACUGCAUUUGAGCUUCAUGUGUACCAUACAGUCCGAUGUAUAACACUGUCUUUUAUAGAUUACCUGAGUUUCAAGGUGUGACCCAUAGUUUAUUGGGGGUAUAGUUUAACGUGAACUAAAGUCUGCUUGAGAUAUUUAAAUUGAAGGACCUCUUCCAUGUGUUUUUUUACUCAAGUGUCAUUUUACUUUCCUAAACAUAUUAUACGUUUUCUUGGGUAUGGAAU